AUGAACUACAUUGUGUUGGUGCGAGAUUUGGAUGAAGAUAAAACGGUAGGUCCAGUUACAACUAUUGUUUAUCUAGGCUUGGAAAUAGAUUCAGAAAAUGGAAUUAUUAGAAUUCCACAUGAAAAUAUUAUAUCGUUAAUAGAUCUGUUGGAAACAUUAAUGGAUAAAAAGAAAACUACACUAAAGCAGUUACAAUCAUUAGUUGGCUCUCUUAAUUUCAUCUGCAGAACCAUUCCUUCUGAUUGUCCUGAUAACUGGAUUUCAUAUGAACAGUCAUGUUAUUUCAUCAGUAGCCAAUCGGCGAGCUGGAAAGAUGCUAUGAUCCGAUGUCAAAAACUGAACGGUCAUCUUGCCGAGAUUACAUCUGCUGACGAAGAACGGUUCCUGAUACACCGUAUGGAAACACUUGACGGACAAAAUAAUAGAGUUUCAGAAUGCUUCAGUGCGUCUCCAAAUCAAUAUAAUGGCACUAUAACUACGACGUACGACGGACACACGUGCCAGCGAUGGGAUUCACAAACUCCCCACACACAUACCAACACGUUUCCUGAGGGAUCUGUGACAGAUGCUGCCAACUAUUGUCGAGAUCCCGACGGAGAAGGGUUACCAUGGUGUUACACAACAGACCCAAAAAUUAGGUGGCAGUAUUGUGGCAUUUACGAGUGUCCGGGUGGGAACUACUGGGCCGGAAUGGCUCUACUUGACGAUGUCUGGAAAUGGAUCCACACGGAGACUGAACUUGAUCAAGGUUACACUAACUGGUAUCAUAACCAAAACUAUGAAUAUUGCGGGGCAUUAACUUCGGAGUUUAUCUAUCAAUGGAAGAAAAGCAAAUGUUCACAUACGGCAAUGUACAUUUGCGAACAGACGAAAUAUACAUAAGAGAGUUGUCGACGCUUCGUGAAAUCAGACAUUGAUUGAACG